GUACCUGUGUAUGAACAUAUUGAAUUGUAAAUUGCAGAAAUUUUAAUUUUUGGAAAUUAUAACAAUGCAAAUGUCUGUUUUUAUUUAGUAGUGAUACAGUGUUUUUUAACUGACUACAUACAUAUGUAUGUAUGUGUACAUAUGUAUGUGUGUACGUAUGUAUAUAAAAAAUGUGUAUACAAUAAAAGUUUACAAUAGUCAAUAAAUCUGAAUGGCGUCAAAAACUUUAAGGGUUGUAGCUUUGGGUGCUUCUACCAUUGUUUUAUUUUCUUUUUUAAAAAAACUAAAAGAGUUAAAAAAAAAAAAAAAAAAGUUAUUGAAAUUUAAGCAGUACGUAUUGUAUGUUUGAUGUUAAUUUAACCAUGAGUUCCUUUACGCUUUUAUUGUCUUUAAUAGCACAAAAAAGUUUUAGCCAAAGGAAGUUAAGGCGGAAAACUAAAGCAGAUCGUCCGGUAAAAUUACAAAAAUCAACAUUGGAGCUUUACGAUUCUGACUCAGAGGCACAAAGAGCAAAGCGACCACGCAUGGAUGAAGAAGUAGAAAGGUCAGAGGAUGAAAGUAUUGAAUCGAUCGAAAGUAGUAGUGAUAGUGAAUCAAGUGAUGAAUCUUGUUAUUCGUCGCUAAUUUCAAACUCAGAAUCAAAUUCAACGCAUUCUGAAUCAUUUAUAACUGAAACAGAUGAAGAUUUUGAUAACGAAGAUAUAAUUACUGAUAAUGAUGUUGAAGCUUUAGAGCCGCAUCAUGUUAAACCUGAAGUGUUUGAUGACCCUCUUGCAACAAUAAACUAUGAAGAGGAGGAUCGAAAACCAGAUCUCGAUGAAUUGACGGAGGCAUUAAGAAAUGCUGAUAAUGAAAAUUUUUUGCACCGAAGUAGUUCAACAAUAAAUAAUGGUGGUACAAACGAAAAUUCAUCAUCCAUAAGAAUAAAAGAAGAGCCUAGAUAUUGAAAAAGUUAUAGUUUAAUCAAUUUAUGGUAUUCUGACAGAGAAAUUAACACGAGAAGCAAUGGCAAUGAUUUAACAAUACAUCUAUAAAAUCUGAAUAAUUGAAUAUAAAUACAUAUACAAAUAUUUUGUAGUGUAGCAUUUAUUGAAAUAUUAAAAGAAUGAACGGAACCUGGAAGGUUUUUUUUUUAAAUUAA